AAAAUGCCAUAAAAUUAGCCAAAAAGUGAAGAAACAGAGGAGAUAAAAUGGCGAUCCCUCACCUUUUCUUCCUCUUCUAUUACAUUGGUUUCGCUCUUUUCCCUUUUGUUUCUUCUGAAACAUUUCAAAAUUCUGAACAAGAGAUCUUGUUGGCAAUCAAGUCAGACCUGUUUGAUCCUUCAAAUAAUCUCCAAGAUUGGAAGCGACCUGAGAAUGCCACAACAUUUUCUGAGUUGGUUCAUUGUCAUUGGAGCGGAGUUCACUGCGAUGCAAAUGGCUCUGUGGUUAAGCUCCUUCUCUCUAACAUGAAUCUCAGCGGAAACGUGUCAGAUCAGAUUCAGAGCUUCCUCUCUCUGCAAGUCCUUGAUCUCAGCAAUAACGCAUUUGAGUCUUCUCUUCCUAAAUCUCUUUCUAAUCUCACGUCCUUGAAGGUCUUCGACGUGAGUGUGAACAGCUUCUUUGGAACCUUCCCUUAUGGUCUAGGGAUGGCCACUGGUCUCACACACGUCAAUGCCUCAAGCAACAAUUUUUCUGGGGUUCUCCCUGAAGAUCUCAGCAACGCAACUACACUUGAGGUUUUGGACUUUCGAGGAGGUUACUUCGAGGGCUCGGUGCCUUCUUCCUUUAAGAAUCUCGAGAAUCUGAAGUUUCUCGGUCUUUCGGGUAAUAACUUUGGUGGAAAGUUACCAAAGGUGAUUGGUGAGCUCUCUUCCUUGGAGACCAUCAUUCUUGGUUACAAUGGCUUCACGGGUGAGAUUCCAGAAGAGUUUGGGAACCUGACGCGCCUUCAGUACCUUGAUUUGGCUGUUGGAAACCUUACAGGCCAGAUUCCAUCUUCUCUGGGGCAGCUGAAACAACUGACAACAGUGUAUCUCUACCAGAACCGUCUCACAGGGAAAAUUCCUCGAGAACUUGGUGGUAUGACUUCUCUUGUGUUUCUUGAUCUGUCUGAUAACCAGAUCACAGGAGAAAUACCUAUGGAAGUAGCUGACUUGAAGAAUCUGCAGCUUCUGAAUUUGAUGAGGAAUCAACUAACGGGAAUCAUUCCGUCGAAGAUUGCUGAGUUACCAAAUCUUGAGGUUCUUGAGCUGUGGCAGAACUCUCUGAUGGGUUCAUUACCGGUGCAUCUCGGCAAGAAUUCCCCAUUGAAGUGGUUAGACGUCUCAUCAAACAAGCUUUCCGGAGAAAUACCAUCAGGAUUGUGCUAUUCCAGAAACCUCACAAAACUCAUUCUCUUCGACAACUCAUUCUCAGGUCAGAUUCCAGAGGAGAUCUUCUCAUGUCCGACUUUAGUUCGCGUUCGAAUCCAGAAAAAUCUCAUUUCCGGAUCAAUACCAGCUGGUUCAGGCGACUUACCAAUGCUUCAGCAUCUAGAACUCGCAAAAAACAACCUCACCGGUAAAAUUCCAGAUGAUAUAGCCUUAUCUACAUCACUCUCAUUCAUAGACAUAUCAUUUAAUCACCUCUCAUCCCUAUCUUCCUCCAUUUUCUCAAGUCCUAACCUUCAAACCUUCAUCGCCUCACAUAACAACUUUGCCGGAAAAAUACCUAACCAGAUUCAAGAUCGUCCAUCUUUGUCUGUCCUCGAUCUUUCCUUCAACCAUUUCUCAGGUGAAAUCCCAGAAAGGAUUGCUUCUUUUGAAAAACUUGUGAGUCUCAAUCUCAAGAGCAAUCAAUUGGUUGGAGAAAUCCCCGAGGCAUUAGCCGGGAUGCACAUGUUAGCUGUUCUUGACCUCUCACACAACUCUUUAACGGGGAAUAUACCAGCGAACUUGGGAGCUUCCCCAACACUGGAGAUGCUAAACGUGUCAUUCAACAAACUCGCAGGACCCAUUCCUUCAAACAUGCUGUUUGCAGCCAUAAACCCAAAAGACCUCGUGGGAAACGAUGGCUUAUGUGGUGGAGUUCUACCACCUUGCCCUAAGAGCUUAGCUUUGUCAGCAAAAGGCAGAAAUCCAGGGAGAAUUCACGUGAAUCACGCAAUCUUCGGGUUCAUAGUUGGAACUUCAGUCAUUGUGUCUCUGGGAAUGAUGUUCUUGGCAGGGAGAUGGGUAUACACAAGAUGGGAUCUUUACAGCAACUUUGCCAGAGAGUAUUUAUUCUGCAAGAAACCUCGGGAGGAGUGGCCAUGGAGACUCGUGGCUUUCCAGAGACUGUGUUUCACUGCGGGAGACAUCUUAUCACAUAUCAAAGAAUCAAACAUCAUUGGAAUGGGAGCCAUGGGGAUCGUUUACAAAGCAGAAGUCAUGAGACGGCCAUUACUCACAGUAGCUGUGAAAAAACUGUGGAGAUCACCAUCACCACAGAAUGAUAUCGAAGAUCAUCAUCACGAAGAAGAAGAAGAGGACGACAUACUCAGAGAAGUGAACCUACUUGGUGGUCUCCGACAUAGAAACAUUGUGAAGAUUCUAGGUUACGUUCACAACGAGAGAGAAGUGAUGAUGGUGUACGAGUACAUGCCCAAUGGAAACUUGGGAACUGCUUUGCAUUCCAAAGAUGAGAAAUUCUUACUAAGAGAUUGGCUCUCACGAUACAAUGUCGCCGUCGGAGUCGUUCAAGAUCCUUCGUUUGAGGAAUCGAUUGACGUAGUUGAGUGGAUUCGGAGGAAGGUGAAGAAGAACGAGAGCUUGGAAGAAGUGAUUGACGCGAGCAUCGCCGGAGAUUGUAAACACGUGAUCGAAGAAAUGCUUCUGGCACUGCGAAUCGCUCUUCUCUGCACUGCGAAGCUCCCGAAGGAUAGACCAUCGAUUAGAGACGUUAUCACGAUGCUCGCGGAGGCUAAGCCACGCCGGAAAAGUGUUUGCCAAGUCGCCGGAGAUUUGCCGAUUUUCAGAAACUCGCCAAUGACGAAGAUGAACAAUUCCUGCCGGGGCGUGAUGAUGAGUUGGAUUUUGAGAAACCUACUGAGCGAGGAAGAAAUAGAAGAGUUAAUUUCAGAUCUUCUGGGAGUUGAGAGCAAGGCUGCAGAAGCUCAAGAAGCACUUGAAAAGGAGUCUCUUUCUAAGGUAGAGAGUGAAGUUAGGGAGGAAUUAGCACAAGCACUCCGUGGUGAUGAGCUGGAUGAAGCUGUUGCUGCUGAAAUGAUGACUUUUAAAGACGAAUGGGAGGCAAAUCUUGAUGAGCUUGAAAUAGAAAGUGCACACUUGUUGGAGCAACUUGAUGGUGCUGGAAUCGAGCUCCCAAAAUUGUACGAAAUGAUAGAAAGUCAAGCCCCUAAUGGUUGCUAUACUGAAGCUUGGAAACAAAGAGCCCACUGGGUUGGUACUCAGGUGACAAAAGAAACUGGGGAAUCAUUGGCUAACGCUGAGAGGUUUCUUCAAACUCAUCGGCCUGUCCGAAAACGACAUGGAAAACUUUUGGAGGAGGGAGCUAGUGGUUUUCUGGAGAAAAAGUUCGCUGAUGGUGAUGUUAAAGAAUCUCUAGCUGGAACAUCUGAGCUUGAGUGCACUCCACACCAAGCUGCAGCCAUGGGAUUAGAAUUUCCAGGAGUCAAUGAGGUGGAGGAAAUUGAAGAGAUUGAUGCAAGCUUGGCAGACCCAUUUUUAGCUGAUGCAAUUGACAACGAAAGAGAACUUGCCCUUACCGAAGACCAAAAGACAAAUUAUAUAAGGGUCAAAGAAGAGGAUGAUAUAAAUUGUGAUCGUGAACUUCAACUUCGUUUGAAACGGAAGAGACGCAAGAAAAGAUCUAAACAGGUUAUCAGGUGUGCGGCAGAGAAUAUGGAUGACGAUUCUGUGUAUUUGGAUGGGAAUUAUACUUCCCCAAAUUUGGCCAAAGAAAGUCCGGAGACUAGCACUCAAGUUCAUAAUAAUGAAGUCAACAAAGAGGAAAACGGGAAUUUGUCUAAUUCAGAUGUAGAUAAGAUGGUCCCCAGCACACAUAUUAAUGUAGAUACCAUGAGAGAUGAUUCACAGAAUCUAGCAAACAACUUUAGGUGUACUGCCUGUAAUAAUGUAGCUGUGGAAGUGCAUAGUCAUCCCCUUUUAGAAGUAAUAGUUUGCAUGGAUUGCAAACGUUCAAUUGAAGAUAGAGUUUCUAAGGUUGAUGACUCUUUGGAACGUCAUUGUGAAUGGUGUGGUCAUAUUGCUGACUUAAUAGAUUGUAGGACAUGCGAAAAACUUUUCUGUGCAUCAUGUAUAAAGAGGAAUAUUGGUGAAGAAUACUUGUCUGAAGCUCAAUCCUCUGGUUGGGAUUGUUGUUGUUGCUCUCCAAUUCCCUUGCAAAGAUUGACGCUGGAACUGGAGAAAGCCAUGAGAGAUAAAAAGUCAAUAGAAUUGAGCUCUGAUUCCAGCUCUGAUUCGAGUUCUGAUUCCAGCUCUGAUAACAAUUCCGUUGAUACAUAUGCUGAUGUCAAUGUAACAAUCAGCUCAAAGAAGAAAUCGAAAAAGAAAAUUCGGCGGAUAAUCGAUGACGCUGAACUAGGGAAAGAUACGAGAACAAAAAUUGCAAUUGAAAAGGCACGACAGGAGCGCCUUAGGUCCUUGCAGUUUUCUGCCAGAUACAAAACAAUUAGCUCUAUGGGAGACGUGAAAUCUAUUCCAGAAGGUGCGGAAGUUGAGGUUCUUGGUGAUGCUCACAGUGGUUACAUAGUGAAUGUGGCUAGGGAGAUUGGUGAAGAAGCUGUGAGAGUUCCUCGUAGCAUAUCUGCCAAACUAAAAGUCCAUCAGGUAACAGGGAUAAGAUUUAUGUGGGAAAAUAUUAUACAGUCUAUCAGCAGAGUGAAGUCUGGUGAUAAAGGUCUUGGGUGCAUUCUAGCACAUACAAUGGGCCUGGGCAAAACUUUUCAGGUUAUAGCGUUCUUGUACACCGCAAUGAGAUGUGUUGAUUUGGGAUUAAAAACUGCUCUUAUCGUGACUCCUGUAAAUGUGUUGCACAAUUGGCGAAGUGAGUUUAAGAAGUGGAGGCCUUCAGAAGUGAAAAAACUUCACAUCUUCAUGCUUGAAGACGUUUCAAGGGAGAGGAGAUUGGAAUUGUUAACAAAGUGGCGAAAUAAGGGUGGAGUCCUUUUGAUGGGAUAUGCAAAAUUUAGAAACCUGUCUCUUGGGACGGGGGUGAAGGACUUGAGUGCUGCCAGAGAGAUCUGUAAUGCCUUGAGGGAUGGACCUGAUAUACUUGUUUGCGACGAGGCUCACAUCAUUAAGAACACCAGGGCUGACACAACACAAGCAUUGAAGCAAGUUAAAUGCCAGAGAAGAAUUGCCUUAACUGGCUCACCCCUUCAAAACAAUCUUAUGGAGUAUUAUUGUAUGGUUGAUUUUGUGAGAGAAGGAUUCUUGGGAAGUAGCCCUGAGUUUAGAAACCGAUUCCAAAAUCCAAUAGAAAACGGACAGCAUAUGAAUUCAACUGCGGAGGAUGUAAAAAUUAUGAACCAGAGGUCACACAUUCUGUAUGAGCAAUUGAAAGGUUUUGUGCAAAGAAUGGAUAUGAAUGUGGUGAAAAAGGAUCUGCCACCUAAAACAGUCUUCGUAAUAUCUGUCAAGCUAUCUCCCUUGCAACGGAAAUUGUAUAAGAGAUUUCUUAAGCUUUAUGGGUUCAGCGAUGGAAGAACAGAUGAAAGGAUGAGAAAAAACUUUUUUGCUGCGUACCAGGUCUUGGCUCAGAUUUUAAAUCAUCCAGGGAUUCCGCAAUUAAGAAGUGAAGAUAGCAAGAAUGGGCGUCGUGGUAGCAUUGUUGAUAUUCCAGAUGACUGUUCAAGUGAUGAAAAUAUAGACUACAACAUGGUUACAGGAGAAAAACAGAGAACUAUGAAUGAUUUGCAGGAUAAAGUUGAUGGAUACCUCCAGAAGGAUUGGUGGGUCGACCUACUUCAAAAAAAUAAUUAUAAGGUGUCGGACUUUAGUGGCAAAAUGAUUCUGCUAUUGGAUAUUUUAUCCAUGAGUGCGGAUGUGGGGGAUAAGGCGCUUGUGUUUAGCCAGAGUAUCCCAACAUUGGAUCUCAUAGAACUUUAUCUUUCAAGAGUACCUCGGCAUGGGAAACAAGGAAAGUUCUGGAAAAAGGGAAAAGACUGGUAUAGAAUUGAUGGAAAAACUGAAAGCUCAGAACGCCAGAAGUUGGUUGAUAGGUUUAAUGAGCCUGACAACAAAAGGGUGAAAUGUACACUAAUUUCAACCAGAGCGGGAUCCCUUGGAAUUAAUCUUUAUGCUGCUAACCGUGUGAUCAUCGUUGAUGGUUCAUGGAAUCCAACCUAUGAUCUUCAAGCUAUAUUUCGAGCUUGGAGGUAUGGCCAAAAGAAGCCAGUAUUUGCGUACAGAUUGAUGGCACGUGGGACUAUUGAAGAAAAAAUAUAUAAACGUCAGGUAACCAAGGAAGGGCUAGCUGCGAGAGUAGUGGAUAGACAACAAGUGCACAGGACUAUCUCCAAAGAAGAGAUGUUACAUCUUUUUGAAUUUGACGAUGAUGAUGAGAAAUCCGACGCUGUAACUGAGAUAAGCAAGCAAAAUGAAGCGGCACAAAGCAAUCUGGUGGAUAAUUCACAGAAACAGAAGGCCACUUUAUCUCGUGUUGGUUGCGACAAAUUGAUGGAGAACUUACUACAGAGACACGGCCCGAACUGGAUUUCCAGUUUCCAUGAGCACGAGACAUUGCUACAAGAGAAUGAAGAAGAAAGACUGACAAAGGAAGAAAAAGACAUGGCCUGGGAAGUUUACAGGAGAGCGCUUGAGUGGGAGGAAGUUCAACGGGUCCCACUGAGCGAAUCUCCAGUGGUUCCAAAACCUUCUCCUUCCAUACAAACAGAACCCUUACCCCAGCCAAAGGGGUUCAACAGAAGUCGUUUUGUGAACCGCAACUGCACUAGAACCGCGCACCAGCUUACACUCAUAAGCCAAGGAAGAAAAUUUGGUAGCAGCACGGUCUGUGGGGAGUGUGGGCGUGUCUUAAGGUGGGAAGAUGUUAUACCCGCAUCCAAACUUUCAGCGGUAAACUAAAUAGUAUAUGAACAUUGCAAAAUGGUUUGAGUUCAUUUUUCCUUUUUUUUUUUAAAUUCUGAGACUGAAGCCAAAAUUAAUGGGAAUAGUAACAUUUGAAACUCCCUUUAGAUUAUUGAUGAGUUAGAUUAUAGUUCCAUUGCUGAGAACAAAUCAGGGCGUUUGUU